AUAAACAAGUCUUUGGCAGGGGUUGGGAUUCGCUCAGCGGAGACUUCCCACGCCCCCUUUUCCCUUUAGGUGUGGUUCCGCCCGAGGGCGUGGCCAAAGCCGGGCGGGCGACACCAACGAGCUCCCAGGAUGGAGGGGGGGAAGCAGUUUCGGUGUAAGGUGGCUACGCGCGAGAGAGGCGGGGAAACCCCCCUGUGCCGGAGGAAUGGUGCGGUCCUGAGCCGGGUCCGGAGCCGGCCAGACGCGUCGGAGUGAGGCCCUCUAGGAGGGGGGCGCCGGCCGGCGGGAAGCGGGCUACCUGCGGAGCCUGCCAGGGGAGGUUCGACGUCGGAAAGGGGAAAAGCCCGACCUGAGACGGAGCGAGGGCGCCGGGGUGGGGGGAGGGGGCUGCCAAGAUGGCGUCGUCCUCCGGGUCGACGUCGACCUCCUUGGAGUUGGGGAGCAGUAGCUGCACCUCCAAUUUAGUACCGUCAACUUUCAAAAAAUCUGUGACUAGUUCCUCUGAGGUGUCUGGCUCCUCUGGUCCAGUCAAGAAAAUUGGACAUAGAAGUGUUGAUCCUUCUGGGGAGACAACAUAUAAAAAGACAACCUCAUCAGCCCUGAAAGGUGCCAUUCAGCUAGGCAUUACUCAUACUGUUGGCAGUCUUAGCACCAAACCAGAGCGGGAUGUCCUCAUGCAAGACUUCUAUGUAGUGGAGAGUAUUUUCUUCCCCAGUGAAGGGAGCAACCUGACCCCCGGCCAUCAUUAUAAUGACUUCCGUUUCAAGACUUAUGCCCCUGUUGCUUUCCGCUACUUCCGAGAGUUGUUUGGGAUCCGGCCUGAUGACUACCUGUAUUCCCUGUGUAGUGAGCCACUAAUUGAGCUCUGCAACUCUGGAGCCAGUGGCUCCCUCUUCUAUGUGUCCAGUGAUGACGAAUUCAUCAUCAAGACUGUCCAGCACAAAGAGGCUGAGUUUUUGCAGAAGUUGCUGCCAGGAUACUAUAUGAACCUGAAUCAGAAUCCACGGACUCUGUUACCCAAAUUCUAUGGACUGUACUGUGUACAGGCAGGUGGCAAAAACAUUCGAAUUGUGGUGAUGAACAAUUUACUUCCACGUUCAGUCAAAAUGCAUGUCAAAUAUGAUCUCAAGGGCUCAACCUACAAACGGCGAGCCUCGCAGAAAGAGCGAGAGAAAGUGUUCCCCACCUACAAAGAUCUGGACUUCUUGCAAGAUAUGCCCGAUGGCCUCUUCUUGGAUGCUGACAUGUAUAAUGCUCUGUGUAAAACGCUGCAGCGAGAUUGUUUGGUGCUACAGAGCUUCAAGAUCAUGGACUAUAGUCUGCUAGUGGCGAUUCACAACAUGGAGCAUGCACAGCGAGAGCGAGUGCCCACUGAAAUGGGCUCCGGCAAUGAUACCCGAAAACCAGCCCCACAGAAGGCCCUCUAUUCCACAGCUAUGGAGUCCAUCCAGGGGGAGGCCCGGCGGGGUGGCACCAUGGAAACAGAGGACCAGAUGGGUGGCAUUCCUGCCCGAAACAAUAAAGGGGAUCGACUGCUGCUUUAUAUCGGUAUCAUUGACAUACUACAGUCUUACAGGUUCAUGAAGAAGCUGGAACAUUCAUGGAAAGCUCUGGUCCAUGAUGGGGACACCGUGUCAGUACACAGGCCGGGAUUCUAUGCUGAACGAUUUCAUCGAUUCAUGUGCCAUACAGUAUUCAAGAAAAUCCCCUUGAAGCUCUCUCCUUCCAAAAAAAGUCGGAUCCCUUCAUCCCUUCGUCGAAUGGGUCCAGGUGGAAAUUCCCUCUCUCCUCACCAGCUGACAGCCCCUGUCUCUGGAGAUAACAAGACAGAAAUGACAACACAAGUGGAAGUGGAACCAGGUAUCUACUUCCGCCGUCCUGAUUUACUCCCCCGAAGUCCACUUGUGGAUGAGACCAAUAGUGACUCGGCUGCCACCACCCUUUCUACCUCUCCUGGCAGUGAGAAAUUCAACACACCAGCUAACAGUUCGCCUCCUUCAGAAAGAAUUGACGCUGUAGAGUCAGAAUUCAGCUGUUGAGAAAAUACUCAACAGAGGACCUGGCACUUGGAAUUAGAUUCUUCCAUCAUAGUGGUCCCAAGGUGUCAGCCCCAAUCCCAGCGCUGCUGAGCUCCCCCUUUCCUGGCUAUUGAAAAGGAGAAUAGUAGAGUCUGGGAGAACCUUCUCCCCAAACUCCUGAAGAGGAGCCUCUUCCCCCACUCCAGGAUGGGCAUUAAUUAGUGCCUUAGGCAGUUGGGGCAUUGUCAUUGUGUGAAGAGCAUCCUGGACCCAAUUUGGGUGGCGCCUGUUCUGCACUUCCCAGCUCAGCUUCCAGAGUUGACUUUAGGACUGUACCCUCUCCAAAACUGAAAGUAGGGCUGAUGGACUAUGUGGUUCUCUUCCACCUUUCCUGCCUCUCUUUUAGCAAUUGGACUCUGUUCCUUUGCAGCAGGCUGGCUGAUGACCCCUACCGCAGCUCUCUACUUGGCUUCUGGAGAGGAGGUUCUCUGUAACUUUUGUAAAGGUUUUUUGGGAAAUAGGGGUGUUCACACCCCCUCCUUGGCUUGGGUUUUUCAAAAACUCCUCACACUCCCCUCUCCCUUUUCUUUAAAAAACAAAAAAGAUUUCAAGCCCAAUUUCAGAACAAGAAAUGUUCUGGCCACCUUAGAGGCCUCAAGCAAUGAGACAUCCCGGGGAAGGAGUUCAGGCUCCCUAUAAGGAGGAGAAAGGCUGGCAAAGCACAGGACAAUGACGACCACAACUUCAGGAGAAGCCUCUUUGCAUCCUCCUCUGGAGCACAUCGAUGAGUUUCUCCUGUCUGAAAAAUCUGAGAUAGGAAACAAUGGCCUACACAGCGCUAAACAAAAUCCUUACCUUGGAGUGGCCACAGGAUCUUCUGCACGGGAUCCCUGCAGACUGCCAGGCCACACUGAUUAUUACUCUCUACAAUUUGAAAUAUUUUCUGGUUGUUUUCCUGAAUAUAAAGACUUCUCAAGUGAAUCUUGUAUCCUUCUUCAAAGGAUUUCCCCUCCUUGCUCUUUCUUACUUGUUGCAACAGUGUCCUGCUGUCUGGGGAGCUGGGUCGGGAGGGAGGACAGCUCUGUGUGUAGCAGGCAGUCCUUGCUGAGGGGAUGGAAGAAAGUAGAGUCUCUCAGAUCUGCUCUUGAGUCAUGUGACUCUCGUGCAGACUCCCUGCAUCCUCAAGAGAAGAGAGACUGGGGAGAAGGUACUUUAGACCUGUUCCCCAGCAAUAAGGGUCAAAGCUCUCCAUUUCACCACUCUGAUCAGAAUUGUGGGGAUAAUGGAGCUGGAAUCUCAGGCAGAUUGGUGAAUCCCCAUUCUCCUUUUCCACUCCUUUUCCCUUAUCAGGUUAGUCUGUACCUAAGUAACUGUCUAUAUUAGACACCCCAACCCCCACCUGAAGCCAGUUCCUGGCCUUCUGUCUUUGCUGCCAUUUUUUUAAAUAAGAAGGAAACAGAAUUCUUGCUAUUUUUUUCAUGAUUUACUAUUUAUGAAGUAUUUAAGUGUUUUAUUCAGGGCAGAGUUAUUCUCUAAGGGGUGGGUGGGAGGGAAACAGGAUAUUGGAGGGAGGGCUGGGUCUCUGUACAGAAGGUGGGAUAGAAGGGAAAGGGACUCAACAUUUCUAUGAAGCGUCGCUAUCUGCCUCUACUUUGUAUUGUUUAAAAAUGGCAAAUGCAUUAUAAAAUGAUGAGUACCUGGUUUUAAUGUAUUAAAACUUUUAUCAGUUAUUUUAAUCCCUUUUUAAAAGCUUUUUGUCUUUUUCCUUCCUGAUUCUUUUUUACCAUUCUCCCUUCCACACACUUCAUUCAGGUGACCUGUCUGCUUCCUAUUGCUCUGAGACUCAAUCUGCUCUAUCUAGAUGGCCUCUUUCUGACCUUAACUUAUUUCCAAACUUCUAAUAGAAGCUGCAUUAUAACUUUGUAUUUCAUGCCCCAUUUUGUGUCAGAGCCAGGUAUGUUGGAUGGAUGGAUGGAUGGAUGGUUGGUUGGGUAGAUGGAUUUCAAAUGUUGAAAUUCACGCUGACCGUCUCCAAGGCUUCCUACCCUGAAUAAUCUCCCUUUUCCUCAGCCCAGUUUUCCUUUCCAAGGUGCCCAAGGCGUCUUCCUCUUCUGUGCUGAACUUGAGCUCUCACUGCCUGCUUAAUAUAGGACAGGUAGAGAUAAAAGGAAAAAGGUGAGUUCCUUCUGACCCAUCCUAGGAAUUGAACGAGCCAGUUUGGAAGCCAUCAUUUUCUCCUCUACAACACCCUUCAACCAGUCUUGAACACCAGAUUGUUUGUUUGUCCUUCUUUCUCAAAAGAAGACCAAUGACAUCAGGAGGGUGAUUUUUUUGACAUGCAGGUAAAUUGGAUUUCAGUGAGGUAGGGCUGGGCAGUGUCAUCAACCUUACUCUCCAGAGUCAUGCUAGGACAUAGGUCAGGACAACAGGCCACGGCCUCAGAGACAGUGGAAGACCUUGGCUUUUUGAAGCUAAGGUCCUUCCCAGAUCUGUUUGUCUGAUGCAAUGCCCAUUCAGUAAUUAAAGACUAAGAAUUGAUGCAAAAGAUAAUCUAGUUUCCCUUCUUAAAAGAGCCAGUACACACCUAAUGUAUGCAUCACAUAUAUUAUUUCAAGGAUUUUACAGUCUAAUUAGAAAGCAAACGAUAAAAAUGAACUUUAAAUGAUAGAAGGCAGUUUUUAGGUACCUACAUGUCACUGUUAUACACUUUUAGACACCAUUACUAAUUUUUUAAAAAUGCUUAUUAUUUCAUAGAAGAGUAAGGUCUCUGGAGUCUUUAUACCUAUAGCAGAGGUAGAUGGGAACUGGCUUUUGACAGAUAAAACAGGGUUUGGAAGUGAAGGGAUACCUUGAGAACAGAUGUUCAAAGGAAACAAUAAUCGUGAAACUAAAGAGACUGACUAGACAGUUUGGAAAGGUAAGCCAAGUUAUUAAGGGCUUCAGUGUCGAUCUAAGAAGUUCGUACUUUGUCCCAUAGACAAUGAAAGGCUUUUGAGAAGGGAAAGAAAUGUUCAGAAUAACAUUUGAGAAAGCCUAAUCUUCUUUCCAUGUACAAGAAGUCUCCAAAUGGGAGAUAACAGCCCAGGAUCCCUUUCUUCAGAACAUGAAAAUUAUUAAGGACUUUGCUUUCAACCCCAUGAGUUAAGUGAUUGGUAUAUUCAUUUUGCAAAUUGGAAACUAACACUCUUUUAAAAGGUCGAGUUAUUUGCCCCCCUAACUACACAUCCAGUGGGCUGGAAGGGGCAGGGAUUUAGAACUAGGGUUCCCAACUCUUAAGUCCAUUGUUCUUCCCACUACUCUUCACUAUGUUUUGGGAAGGUGCUGCUAUAAAAUUCCUGUGAGAGUUGAUCAGGACCUAAACCGGGGUGGUGACACUUAAUGGAAAUGGAAAGUUUCCAAAAGGAUCCAGAGAAGGAAGUGAUAAUUAAGACACUAGG